AUGGGCGCUACCCUGGUGUCUGAGCUGGGCAUCCCCACUCAGCCCCUCUCCAUUCCCAUGGACGUCAGUGAAAGCGAAGGAAGUGGUGUGGAGAGUCAGGAAUCAACAGCAAAGGGCAGGGAGGAAGAGGAGUUAGAGAUGAUUGGAGGGAUAGAGAUGUGGAGCGAUACCUACUUCAUCACCGAAGGCCUGAACCCCAACUCUCCCUCUUUGUACAUAUCCAGCCCUGCCUCUUCUUCCGUAGGGCUCUACAGUAUUCAGCUCCACGUGCUCACACAGCACGGUCAGCAGGGCUACGUGGUCGGAGACUUCAUCCUCCUUUGCAACCCCUGGUGCCAUGGUGAGUUAAUCUACAGAACAACUUAAACCCGAUGCCAGAGAGAGGAAUAUGUAAAUAAUUAUUCUCGUUUAUUGUACAUGGGGACCCCUAAAAACCUUGAAUCAAGACCUUGGUCGUUCGAUCAGUACGAGCCAGAGAUUCUGGAUAUUUGUCUGAAGCUGCUCCAGGUCAGCCCGCAGCACGGCAGGAACUGGCGGAAGGACUACCUUCGCUGCGCCGACCCUGUCUACCUCAGUAGGGUGGUGUCUGCCAUGAUCAACUGUGAGAAUGACCGAGGGGUCCUGAGAGGGAACUGGUCGAGCAGUUUCAAGAACGGGGUGCACCCCUCCAGGUGGACAGGAAGUGCAGACAUUUUGAGACAAUGGGCCAAGUCCAUGUUCAGCCCAGUGAAGUACAGCCAGUGCUGGGUGUUUGUUGCUGUGAUGUGCACAGUCAUGAGAGCUCUUGGCAUUCCAUCCCGUGUCAUCACCAACUUCAACUCAGCCCAUGACACCAACGGCAACCUGGUCAUCGAGGAGUUUUACUCUGAGACGGGCAAGAAACUACCUCACAGUAAAGACUCUAGUCUACAGAACUUCCAUGUAUGGGUGGAGUGUUGGAUGACCCGGCCAGACCUGGGUGCAGGAUUUGAUGGGUGGCAGGUUUUGGAUCCAACCCCGCAGGAGAGGAGCGGAGGAAUCUUCUGCUGUGGCCCAGCCCCAGUGAAGGCUAUCAGAGACAGGCGUGUGGACCUGGUCUACGACAUCCCCUUUGUGUAUGCUGCGGUGAACGCUGACGUCCAUACGGUCAUUGUGAAACAGGGCCAGGUGCUGAGCUCCAGCACAGACACAGUUGGCUCCCUCAUCGUCACCAAGACCAUAGGCUCACCAAGGCCUCAGAACAUCACAGGGGACUACAAACCCACCAAAGAAUUGAUUAUCCAAUUUGUCAACUUGGAACUGCAGGGCAACCAUGAGAGCCACAAGACCCAGGGGUUCAGCUCUAAAACCCUGGUGGUGCGGAGAGGAGCACCCUUCAAAGUCACCCUGCUCCUCAAGGGACGAGCCUUCAACCCACAAACUGACACCCUGGUGUUCAGAGUCCUCCUAGGUCAGAUGUACGUGGAGUUCCCCGUCACCUUCUCCAAGCAGGGAUCCCCCUCCCAAUGGAGCGCCUACUUCACCACCAAAGGCCUGAACCCCAAAUCUCCCUCUUUGUACAUAUCCAGCCCUGCCUCUUCCUCCGUAGGGCUCUACAGUAUUCAGCUCCACGUGCUCACACAGCACGGUCAGCAGGGCUACGUGGUGGGAGACUUCAUCCUCCUUUGCAACCCCUGGUGCCAUGAGGAUGCAGUGCACAUUCCCUUCGAAGACCAGAGAGAGGAAUAUGUAAAGAAUGACUCUGGUUUAUUGUACAUGGGGACCCAAAACCUUGAAUCAAGACCUUGGUCGUUCGAUCAGUACGAGCCAGAGAUUCUGGAUAUUUGUCUGAAGCUGCUCCAGGUCAGCCCGCAGCAUGGCAGGAACUGGCAGAAGGACUACCUUCACCGCGCUGACCCUGUCUACCUCAGUAGGGUGGUGUCUGCCAUGAUUAACUGCGAAGACGACCGAGGAGUCCUGAGAGGGAACUGGUCGGGCGAUUUUAAGAACGGGGUGCCCCCCUCCAAGUGGACAGGAAGUGCGGAUAUUUUGAGACAAUGGGCCAAGUCCAAGUUCAGCCCAGUGAAGUACGGCCAGUGCUGGGUGUUUGCUGCUGUGAUGUGCACAGUCAUGAGAGCUCUUGGCAUUCCAUCCCGUGUCAUCACCAACUUCAACUCAGCCCAUGACACCAACGGCAACCUGGUCAUCGAGGAGUUUUACUCUGAGACGGGCAAGAAACUACCUCACAGUAAAGACAGCAUAUGGAACUUCCAUGUAUGGGUGGAGUGUUGGAUGACCCGGCCAGACCUGGGUGCAGGAUUUGAUGGGUGGCAGGUUUUGGAUCCAACCCCGCAGGAGAGGAGCGGAGGAAUCUUCUGCUGUGGCCCAGCCCCAGUGAAGGCUAUCAGAGACAGGCGUGUGGACCUGGUCUACGACAUCCCCUUUGUGUAUGCUGAGGUGAACGCUGACGUCCACACAGUCAUUGUGAAGCAGGGCCAGGUGCUGAGCUCCAGCACAGACACAGAGAGAGUUGGAUCCCUCAUCGUCACCAAGACCAUAGGCUCACGAAGGCCUCAGAACAUCACAGGAGACUACAAACCCACCGAAGCUCCUACAAGUUGGAUGGGUUCCGCUGCUUCAACUGGAAGCCAGUGGAGUACUCUCUCCAGAGUGGGGUCAACUCAGGGCCUCUCAGUGUCUCUGAGCCUCCUUAAAGUGCCUGCGGCUGGGGAAAACAUCUCCUUCACAGUCAUGGUCACGAACAUGGACAGCGUCCCCAAGGUGCUGAGGGAGCAUGUCAACGCUCAGACCAAGAAAUACAACCACAGUCCCUCAGACGCCUUCUGGGAGGCCCACAACAUCAUACGGAUAGCGCCGCACGAAGCUAAGGCCAUUCAUCACCAGAUCGGCCAUGUCCAGUAUGAGUCUCUGAUGGGAGAUGACCUGGUCAACCUGGCUGUGGUCAUGGAGGACGAGUCCACUCAGGAGAGAGUCCUGGCCUCAGAGGAGUUCAACAUCACCAGCCCUCAGCUCUCCAUACAGAUUGCAGAUGAAGACUCCAUCGUGCCACACAAGGAGCACACUGCCCUCGUAGUCUUCCGCAACCCCUUCUCUGUACCUGUGAGCGGCGUAUUAACCGUGGCUGGCUCUGGUUUGAUAGAGGGGAAAGUUCACCCAAGGAUUCAACUGUUAAAGCCAGGGGGCACUAUGGAGAGGAGCGUCAGUUUCACUCCGAGGAUUGUGGGAAAAAAGAUGUUGCAGGCUACUCUAGUCCUCGAAAACAAUUCUGCAAAAAUUACAGGCUACAGAAUGAUCUCCGUGAAGGCAGCUUAG